GUAAUAUCAGCACCAUCUGUUAAUAUAUUCAAAACGAGAUUGAACCUCCACAGUAUUACAAACUGUAAGGAUUAACAUAGGUCGACAAACCACCUAUCCUUAUUACUGAAGACUGAAGACUGAAGUAGUCGAUUCUUGGAACUUGUAUGUCGAAGCGGUCUAUUUCAAUAAAACGGAUUCCCUAUGCCGAUGUCAACAUGUCAUGUUGGAUCGGUAGUUACACCAUUGGCUGUCUUAAAUCGACUACCAGGCUGGCUCGGCACGUUGGUUAUCAGCCCUGAUGGAUCAGUUCUGCAGUCAGCUGGUGAAUUAGUAAAUAAUAAGGAAUUGGCCCAACAUUUCGCUGCGAUCGCCAACAGAGUUGGCCGUUUAUUAAAUAUGGAAGGUGAAAGAAAAACUCAACAAUUCAAAAGAUUAACUAAUUUGAUAGCAUAUCUUCAAUACCAACUUACUAGUAUUAAACGGUUAUUCAACAAUUUGAAAAGUAUCAUUUUCACCAAACCACUUGCAAAAAUAUUCUGUCGUAUUGAUAUCUGCUAUUCAAAAUAGAAUUUAACUACAUAAAUAGUAAUGAUAUUUUUCUCUUGUGUUUUCUUCCUUUCAUUCAUCCAUUUAAAGUACAUUUCGAGCAUUCAAUAUAUAUUAUGACAUGUGUUGGUGAUACCAUCUAUGUAGUAAAACGUCUCCCAGAUAAUCAGAAUAUUUCAUGCGCAGAGACAUAUCAACAAUUACAUCUUGUCAAAUCGGAUAAUAGUAUGACUAAUAAUAAUAAUCCUAUUGAUGUACAUCAUUCUGCUACUGUUAUUAAUAAUACUAACAAUAUAGUUACAAUAGAUAAUCAUGGACCUCAUUUUUUUGAAGCACGUGCUCCAGAUGAUUAUUGAAAAUGAAUAUAAUACCAUAUUCCCUUCAUUUAAUAAUCCUUCCCCUUUACUUCUCUUUAUCGUAACAAUAAAUAUGAUUUAAUGGUUGCCAUUAAUGAUGUAGCGAAAUAAUUAUCUUUUGUGUAAAUAAUGUUGCUUCUUUUGUAUCUGUUUAUUUUUUCAUUGUAUAAUUUAAGAAUAUACUAGUCUUUUGAUAAUCAGCCUUUUUCCUUCAUCAUAUCGACAAGAUUAAAACUGUGAUAUAUUGUAACAUUUUAAAGUUCAGGAUAUUCAUUUCAUUCUAUUCGAAUCUCGUAAACUAUUGUGUUUAGUAAUAAAUAUAUUUUUUAGUUCACUUGGUAUUGUUUUAUUUGAACCUUCCCAUUGAUGUUUAGGACUGCGAUUGAUUAGUCUCUUAUUGGCAUAUAUGCAUACUGUGCUUAUUGCCUCUAUAUUGC